AUGAAAAGAGGGGCUCAAAAGGGUGGGGAUUUCCCAUGGGCCUUAAAUGUAACUAUUUUACGAUGGCUUUGUCAAGGGAUAGAGCAAGCUCUUGUUGAGGCGACGACGUAUAAGAAGGAUCCUAGCUGUAGUAGCGCUGUUUCAGGAAGGGAAGACUCGAGCGGCAAGUUACUUUAUGUCUGUACUUGCAAUUUCGUUUUCGAGAUUAGGAAAGUGUUCCGUAUAAGCCUAGAGACUUCCACCGCCGCAGAAGAGGAUCGUUCGAACAGGGGAUCUCCCAAUCCUGGUGCAGAAGCAGCAGCCCUUGUAAAUGGGGCAUUCACACCUGACGAAAGAAAGUACAAGUAUUCCUCAAAUUCUCUGGUACAAAUGAGCUCCUUACUUAACUUGGUCCGAGACUUAACACGACAGGCACGUGCGUGCCACUCGCCUGGUGAUAACAAUGCCUUUCUGAGACAGGACAGAGCGCACUUCCGAGCCCGCUUUUGGCCGAACUUGGUAACCAGCUCCUGA